UCGUCCAAUUAAAACCAAAAUAAACACACACGAACACCAUAAACACACACUACUUUGGAUCACAAUCGUUUUCUGUAAGUCAAAUUCUCUAAUUCCCUUUAUUCUCUUAGCAUAGUAUUAUAUAUUUGCUUAAUUGGCUGUAUAUAUAUAUAUACAAAGAUCAUUUCCUAUAUAACUACUGUUGAUUCAAUCUUUUUCUGAGCUCAACAGAUCUACAGUUUUUCCUUUUUAUAGAUCUUGAUUUUGAUUGUAUAUUUUUCUACAAAAAAGAACAUCUUUUUCCUGAAAAUUUGAAGAUAUAUAGAAAGAUUGACAAUUGGAUCAAUAGCGGAAAUGGGUAGUUAUAGUGGUAUUGGAUUAUCCACGAUGAAACCAUGUUGCUGUAGGAUCUUAAUUAGUUACAGAAGAUCUUCACUUUUUGGUUUUCAAAUCCCUAGAUGUAAUCACUCACCUGUGAUCAAUUUGUCGAAAUCUCGAUUUAAGUUACAUGGUUCCCGCGGGAUUCAUUCUUGUAACAGUAAACUUUUAGGCUUUAGAGAAGGUGUGAUUGAUCCGAAAUUAGGGUUUAGAGAUGCAAUUUACUCGAAUCAGAAGGGUUUUUGUGGUUCUGCUUCGAAUUUGAAAGGACAGCCUAGGGUUUUAUUGAAUGGUUGUCUGGUGGGAGGAAAUGAUAGAAGAUUCAGCAGGCUUGUAUCUAAAGUGGCCUCGGAUUUUAGGAAUCAUUCAACAUCGGUUGAAUCCCAUGUUAAUGACACAAGCUGGGAACGAAUUUACAUUCAAGGGGGAUUGAAUGUGAAGCCUCUGGUGAUCGACAAGGUGGAAGGGAAAGAGGAAAAUGAGGAGAAAGUAUUAGAUUAUACUAGUUCAAAUGUAAAUAUAGAGUCUCAGGAUACUGUUUUAGACAAGGAGUCUGAGAUUGAGAGGGAAGCUUGGAAGUUGCUUAGAGGGUCAAUUGUGAAUUACUGUGGAACUCCGGUUGGAACUGUUGCGGCAACUGAUCCAGCUGAUAAGCUGCCACUGAACUAUGAUCAGGUCUUUAUUCGUGAUUUUGUUCCUUCGGCAUUUGCAUUCUUGCUCAAUGGAGAAGGAGAGAUUGUCAAGAACUUUUUGCUCCAUACUCUUCAAUUGCAGAGUUGGGAAAAAACAGUUGACUGCCACAGCCCUGGGCAAGGGUUGAUGCCAGCGAGCUUUAAGGUUCGAAGUGUGCCUCUUGAUGGAAAAACUGGGGAAUUUGAGGAUGUUCUGGAUCCUGAUUUUGGUGAAUCAGCAAUUGGACGUGUUGCACCUGUUGAUUCUGGUUUGUGGUGGAUUAUUCUGUUGAGAGCUUAUGGAAAGAUCACAGGUGACUACGCUUUGCAAGAGAGGGUGGAUGUUCAAACAGGAAUAAGAUUGAUACUCAAAUUGUGCUUGGCUGAUGGGUUUGACAUGUUUCCCACUCUCUUGGUGACUGAUGGCUCCUGCAUGAUAGAUAGAAGGAUGGGCAUUCAUGGUCAUCCUCUUGAAAUUCAAGCUCUAUUCUACUCGGCACUACGCUGCUCAAGGGAGAUGGUCACCGUGAAUGACACAACAAAGGAUCUAGUUGCAGCCAUCAAUAAUCGGUUAAGUGCUCUCUCGUUUCACAUUCGUGAAUACUAUUGGGUUGACAUGAAAAAAAUCAACGAAAUCUACCGUUACAAAACAGAGGAAUACUCUACUGAUGCCAUCAACAAAUUCAACAUCUAUCCAGAACAGAUUCCAGCUUGGUUGGUAGACUGGAUUCCAGAGUCUGGUGGCUAUCUUAUCGGCAACUUACAACCAGCUCACAUGGAUUUUAGGUUCUUCACCCUCGGAAAUUUAUGGGCUAUUGUUGCCUCUUUGGGUACCCCCAAACAGAACAAUGGGAUAUUGAACUUGAUUGAAGAGAAAUGGGAUGAUCUUGUAGCAAAUAUGCCUUUGAAGAUCUGUUACCCUGCACUUGAGUAUGAAGAAUGGCGUGUAAUCACCGGAAGUGAUCCUAAGAACACCCCUUGGUCAUACCACAAUGGCGGAUCGUGGCCUACGCUCCUUUGGCAGUUCACACUUGCUUGCAUCAAGAUGAAGAGGCCAGAACUUGCAAGAAAAGCAAUCGCUUUAGCCGAAAAGAGGCUCUCAUCGGAUCAAUGGCCCGAAUAUUACGACACAAGAUAUGGAAGAUUCAUCGGGAAACAAUCCCGACUGUAUCAAACAUGGACGAUCGCCGGAUUCCUGACCUCAAAGAAGUUAUUGGAGAACCCUGAGAUGGCAUCCAAGCUGUUUUGGGAAGAAGAUUAUGAACUUCUCGAGAACUGCGUGUGUGGGCUUGGAAAACACGGUCGAAAGAAAUGUUCUCGGUCUGCAGCAAGAUCUCAUUUCGCAGUGUAGAAAAGUACUCACUUUGAUCCACUUGCGUUAUAACAAUAAGAUAAAACUUGUCCGGUUUCUAGUCGAAAAACUUCGAUCGACUCGAAUGAGAGACUUAACUUGUUGACUACAAACUGUAACUCAUAAAACUGCAUUUACUUGUAGAUGCAUGACAGACAUUAGUCAAUUUACUCGUAAACUUGUUGCAUCUUUGGUGGUUGUGGGUUUCAAAUGCAAUCAUGUAAACAUGUAUUGUUUUUUUAAACAACUGAGAUGAUCUUCAGAUGCUAA